UAUUCUCUAUUUUCACACGAGGAAUUUCAACCUUAUAAAUUAGGUUCAGAUUGGAGGAUGGUCCUGUUGGACUUGAGGAACCAUGGGAAAUCAGCUGAAAUCGGAGGAUUUGAUCCUCCACAUACCAUGAAGAGUGCUGCUUUAGAUGUUGCAAAUUUGUUGAAAUCAAAAAGUUGGUCAUGGCCGGAUGUUGUAAUCGGUCACUCUAUGGGUGGAAAAAUAGCCCUUCAAUUUGCAGAGAGCUGCGCUCAAGGAGACUAUGGAGAAUCAGCCACUUUACCCGAACAGCUGUGGGUGCUAGACUCUGUUCCUGGAGAGGUGAAUCCAAGUGAUGGCGAAGUGGAAAAUGUACUUCGCACUCUCCAAAGCAUUCCAGUUCCAAUACCAUCGAGAAGGUGGCUCGUUGAUCACAUGGUUAAGCUUGGUUUCUCCAAGGCAAUUUCUGAGUGGAUAGGGACUAAUCUGAAGAAAGCAGGCUCAUCAGGCGAACAAAUGGUCUGGUCCUUCGAUCUCAAUGGUGCUGUGGAAAUGUUCAACUCUUACUGGAAAGAGAGUUAUUGGCCUCUAUUGGAAAACCCACCUCAGGGUUUGGAGAUUAAAGUGGUGCGUGCAGAGAAGAGCGAUAGGUGGACUCCUAAUGUGCUCCACCAAAUGGAGAACCUUGUUAGCAAAGGAGAGGAGCAAGGCAAGGGGAAUGUCUCCUAUCAUAUUCUCAAAGAUGCAGGUCACUGGGUCCAUGUUGACAAUCCGAAGGGGCUGAUUGAUAUCAUGGCCCCCCAUCUAGAAUCUCUAUCAAAGCCUUGAGCUUGGCUAGUUUUUUGCCAUUCUUAAGUAAAACUUUGAUUGCU